AUUGUAUCAACAAGCAGCUCAGCUCGCAACAACAUUCAAAUACAUUCCAAUAAUCAAAGCACAGAAUGAGUCUUAAAGUUUGCUGCAUUCUCUUGCUGGCUUGCAUUGUCGCCAUCCAAGCUGCCGAUCCGCCCAAAAAGGAUACGGCCACUGAUGCCCGCAUUUUCUUGAGCACCUUCACCGUCAUCCUUUCCACUGUUACCUCUACUACCACCAUUGGCUCUACCACCACUUGCACCACUUCAACAGCCGCGCUUAACACCUGCUCCGCUGGUCGCCGUCGUCGUGGUCUCUUCUACGAUGAGGCUGAGAACCAAGGCCGUGCCCGCCGUGGUCUCUUCUACAACGAUGACGAACCUGAGGCCAUCAGUGCCCCAGUUAAGAGAGCUGCUGAGCCUGCUGAGCCUGCUUCCAAGGUGACCACAGAUGAAAGCAAAUCUGUUCCAUUAGUUGUCCAGUCCGGUUUCAGCCUUCCGGAAGGCUUCGUCACACCAUCCGGAACUCCUCGUUUCAAGCUGGCAUACGGAACGAGCACAAUUACCACCACGGCUACAUCGGUCUCAACACGCUCGUUGACAGCUACGUGCGCCAGCACAACUAGCUUCAGUCUUUGCGCCACAUCUGGCAAAUAAGAAGAUUGACAACAUAGACCUUUUUUUGGACGAAUUCGCCAUGACAUACUGUAUAUCACAUGUUGGCAAUGUUUCCCAGAUAGAUUAUUGCUUCUCUUAUACGUGACUAAAAGAGUCAUAUGUAAUUGAAUGUUUGUUUGUAAAACGUUUUCCCUAUUCCUGGCAUGUUUUUGCUCUGUAAGACAUCGCGGGAGUAUUUAUCCCAUCAAAUAUUUCAGUUGAACUUGAAUAUACAGUUGAGCAGCAA